CAUCCUUGGGUUAAAAACGACGAGGGGUUUGCAAAAGAAACACUGAGCAUAUCAAAACCCAAAAGCAGCCACCACGUGAGUGGGAGAGAGACAGUUGAGCCACCAUUGUUUAUUGUUGUCCCCUUCGUACUGUCACCGGAGCAGUCGUAGCCAAUCUUCGAGGCGGUUAAGGAUCUUUACUGUAGAGCCGUCCACUUCGCCGUUUGAGCCGCCAAGCCGAGUGAUCGGUCAUGAUCUGUACUGUACUGUUCUUGUUUAUUUCUGUGUAUUCAUUUAUUGAGAACUGAAAUAUCUGUUCAGACCGGUUGAGAUAAUGUCAACAACGAGCAGAGUUGGAAGCAAUGAAGUGAAGAUGGAAGGGCAAAAGCGUAAAGUUGUGUCGGACCCAACUCAUGUUACUCUGAAAGUUAAGGGUCAGGACGAAGAAGAUUUUAGAGUGUUUUGGGUGAGAAGGAAUGCUAAGCUGCUUAAAAUGAUGGAACUUUACACCAAGAUGAGAGGCAUCGAGUGGAACACAUUUCGCUUUCUAUUUGAUGGCUCGAGGAUUCGAGAGUAUCAUACACCUGAUGAGCUGGAGCGUAAGGAUGGAGAUGAGAUUGAUGCAAUGUUAUGUCAACAAAGUGGUUUUGGCCCAUCUUCUAUAAAAUUUAGAGUUUGA